CGAGUGCAAUGUGACCUGCAUCGUUCACACAACCUGCCAUCCCGCCUUCUGUGAAGGCCCGUCCUCUCAGAGGAUGUCUGUCUUCACAACUGUGCGAACCGGAUGCACAGUAGGUAAUUUCGCAAUACAGCGUGCGCCGACCCUGUGGACCCUGUCAACGAAGGCGACGUGCUGUCCAGUGGCCAUUCACGCGCGCUCUUUCGGCUCAUUCGUACAGUUCAAUUCCCGCUCCGUAACGGGCAGCGGGAAACGCGGGGCCGGGACAGCACAUCUAGCCGGACUACAUAGUCGACGCUUUUCAAAAAUGCCGGCUCAGGGACAGGGACCAACCGGAGGCAUGGCGGGGGAAAAGAAGGUCAAGAAACCGCCGGCAGCCCCCCGACCGAGCUCGAGCGUUCUGCUCAUUUCUCCGACAAAUCAAGUGCUUCUCCUCCACCGGGUUCACACCUCAAGCGCCUUUGCCUCUGCGCAUGUCUUUCCAGGCGGCAACCUCUCGGCCUACCACGACGGCCCUCUGCCAGCCCCAGACAGCCCGCUCCUGCACGAGGAUGGUCCAGCCUACCGGUUGGCUGCCAUCCGCGAGACAUUCGAGGAAAGCGGCAUCCUGCUGGCCAAGAAAGCAGGUAGCAGCCGGGACCAAGGCCUGUUGCAUGUGCCUGACGACGUGAGAGAGGCAGGCAGGAAGCAGGUGCAUGGGAACAAGAUCAGGUUCACCGAGUGGCUCGAGGGGCUGGGGGGCGAGCCCGACGUCGGUAUGUCACCGCACACUGACUGGCGCUGGUGCGUCCCGUCCCGCCUUGGUGAGCCCCACUAACAGCCGCGCAAAGACAACCUGAUCCCCUUCACGCGCUGGAUCACCCCUCCCGGCCAGCCGAGGCGCUUCACCACGCAGAUGUACCUGUACAUGCUCCCGCUCUCCCCCGAGGCCCUCCCCGCCA